AUGAAACCUGUACAUCGACGAGCAGCCCCACAGAAAGCAUUCAUCGCCGUGUUUAUUUGCUUCGCCACCAAAGCGGUCCAUUUGGAGCUGGUUUGCGAUCUCUCGACGGAUGCAUUCGUCGCCGCUUUGCGCCGUUUCAUCGCUCGUCGCGGCAACCCCGCAGAGAUUCACUCGGACAAUGGAACUAAUUUCCAAGGAGCAAAAAACGUACUAACGGCUUUACAUACUAUGCUCAAUAAUAAGAAAGAUCAGGAAAAAAUCGCCAACGAAUGCACUAGUAGGAGAAUUGAAUGGAAAUUUAUACCUCCCAGAGCACCCAACUUCGGUGGGCUUUGGGAAGCAGCUGUAAAAACCGCAAAAAGUUCGCUAACUAAAACUCUCGGUAACUGUAAGCUGUCAUAUGAGGAUUAUGCAACCCUUUUAACGCAAAUCGAAGCAAAUAUGAAUGCUCGUCCGCUCACUCCGCUUUCCGAAGACCCUACCGAACUUGACGUGCUUACACCAGGACAUUUCCUUACUGGAACAUCGUUAACAGCACUACCAGAUCCAGACUAUACAAGCACCCCAAUGAAUCGGCUCAAGCACUAUCAGCAACUGCAGCAGCUAAUUCAACAGCACUGGAUUCGAUGGAAGAAGGAAUAUUUGACGGAGCUCAACAGCCAGCAGCAAACAUCUUCAUCACCGGUCGAGAUCCAUGUCGGGCAAUUGGUUUUGGUACGAGAGGACAACAAACCAUCGCUUAAUUGGCCGCUCGCCAGAAUCAUCGCCACUCAUCCUGGAGAAGACGGUUGUACACGAGUAGCGACGGUGAAAACAGCAGCUGGUAUUUACACUCGUCCAACAUCCAGAAUUUGUCCACUUCCGAUCAACCAUAACCUGCAUCCACACCAGGAACAACUCCAAUCUGCAACAGCAGCAUCAUCAAUGGCUAAUAGCGGAGCCAGCUAA